AUGAUGAACAUCUUCACCUCUCUCCUGCUGAUUGCCGGCCUUGUUGCCACAAUCAUCUCUGCCUCUUCUGUCGAUGUCAACAUUACAAGACACAUCUCAGGAACCGCAGACAUCGACAUGGCAUCCCCCACUCGCCGCAGUCGCCGACAUCGCACCCACACCUUCACCUUUAUAGAUCCACCGUCUGCAACUCUCGAUUCCAUCAUCAUCGCAGACAUUGGCGGUCCAUCAGCCACCAGCCCCUCCUUCACCAUCCCUGAAGGCACAAGUUUCUCAACCUCUUUCAGAUUCGCCUCGAUGCCUCCAACCCUGUCAACUCUCGAACCCACCCUCAUCGGAGAGAUCCACCUGCCAUCAGAACCCAUCACUACUCCAAUCUUUACCUUGACCUUCAGCACCCAAGUCACGACUGACCUCACCUUUCCGCCCGGCGCUCCAACUGAUUCGCCCUUCACCUUGACCAUCGGCCUCGCAACCCCAACUACCGAUAUCUUCAAGGGCCACGUGAGCGUGUCCCGCAAGACCACCAGUCUCGCAGCCUCGAACACCCCACACCCGACCAACCUAUCUCCAUCCAUCAAGUCCUACAUCAGAGAUGUUGUCAACCACCCGCAACUUCAAGCACAGACACAGAUCCAAGAUUCUUCGCCACAAUCUGCAUAA